GACCUAUAAAAACAACCAGACACUGGAUCUUCAGGUUCUGCACAAAUAGACUCACAUUCUCACACACCCCUGCACGUCGGAACAGCUCAGAACAGCUCAGGACUUCUCUGUCUGGAACGGAUUUGGGAGGAACCGUAAACACGGUUAAAAAUGAAGACAGAAUUGGUCCCCCACUGGUAUCUCUCUGUCAAAGUGCUGCGAGGGCAAUUCCACCAUUCCCAUGAUUACAUGUCAGAGUCUGACCUCUAUGUCACUCUGCACCUGCCCACAGCCUCCACCCGUACACUUCGCACCAAAUGUGUUCCUAACAGUAACACGCCCGAGUGGAACGAUAAUUUUCACUUUCGCGUGCCAAGCCAGGUGAAGAAUAUUCUGGAGCUAAACAUUUAUGACCAAGACAUACUGAAAGAUGACCUCUGCACCAGUAUCCUGUUUGACAUCAGCAAUCUCACCCUGGGAGAGAAGGAGACCAAAGUCUUCAUCACUGAUGACAAGGGCAAGCAGGAUGUGCUGAAGAGUGAAAAGACUAAAGACGAGCUGUGGGUGGAGUUUGAGGUUACUGAGAGUCCCGAAGAACCUGGACAGUACAUCACCAAUGGAGUUUUAGUGGCAGCCCCAUUGACUGCUUUGGAUGUGAAAAUAGACAAGCUGCCACUAACUAAAGUUGGCCAGGACCUGGUGUUAAAGCUAAGAGGGGCAUAUAAAGAAGACCAGGUCAUCUCACUUCCAAAAAAUGCUGAGUUCCUGCAGAUGAUACGUUAUUACAUCAACAGAGAGCUGGAGACUGAGAUUGGACUCAGAACACACUGUUUAGAGUCUGCGAAGGACUGCGAUAAGAACGUUUCUGCACAUGCGUCCACCACAGUCACCCCGUUUACAACCAAAAAUGAGAUCAUUGUCUCUCUUCCCGUGGCAGAGGAUAAAGCAGAACUGAGUCUGAAGGCAACAGACAGGUCUGAGAAGGAUCUCAGUGUCCGGCUGGAUUUUGAUAUUCCUGAAGCAGAGAAAGCGUUUCUAAAGAAGAGGAAAGUGGUGGCGUCUAGUGCUUUGCAGAAAGCUCUGAACCUCAGCGCAGCUCCUGAUCCCAGCAAGGUGCCGACGGUAGCAGUGGUGUUGUCUGGUGGUGGUACUCGAGCGAUGACCGCCUCCUUGGGCUCUCUGAGAGGUCUGCAAAAACUUGGCCUACUGGACACGGUCAGCUACAUCACUGCAGUGUCUGGCUCCACCUGGGCAUUGUCGUCUCUGUACAGUGACCCACACUGGUCAGCCAAGGGGAUGGACGAGGCUUUGCUGCCAUUACAGAAGGAGCUCAGUAAGAACAUGUACACUCUGUUUUCUCCGAGUCUGCUGCAGUAUUACAAGAAAGAGCUGGAGCAGAGAGAGAAAGGGGGGCACCCCGUCACUCUCAUAGACAUGUGGGGACUCGCCCUGGAACAGCUCAUCUUCGGCAAGAAAUACGCAGGUACACUUUCUGACCAGCAGAGGACAGUCUCAGAGGGUCAGAACCCGCUCCCCAUUUACACAGCGGUCAACAUGAAGGAGGAUGCCACUGGCUCCAUGGUGGCUGAGUGGUGUGAGUUCACGCCGUUUGAGGUGGGAUUUCACAAAUAUGGAGCCUUCGUCCCGACAGAGAACUAUGGGAGCGAGUACUACCUGGGUCACCUGAUCCAAAAACUCCCAGAGACGCGCAUCUCUUAUCUACUGGGUACAUGGAGCAGUAUUUUCUCUCUGAAUCUGACUCAGUUGUGGAGCACAAUUACGGGAGUGAUGCCCACCUGGACUCCUUGGAUUAGGGAGACUGUGAGCAGCAUUGAGACAGACCAAAAACCUUCAACACUGGACACUCUGAGAGUCAGUCCUGAGGCAGUGUUUCUGAGCAGCUUCAUGAACAGCCGACCCGUCAUCAGCAAAGCCUUCAACUUCAUGAGAGGAUUCUUCCUAAGCAACAGCUACAGCGAGAACUCUGCAUUCACUGCGUGGAAGGACACCCAUCCCGAUGCCUUUCCAAACAGUCUGACCCCGGGAGACCCCAGGCUGGGUCUGGUGGACUCUGGAUUUGAUAUUAAUUCUGGCUUUGCUCCGAUGCUGCGCUCACACAGACACGUGAACAUCAUUCUGUCCCUCAACUACUCCUGGGAGGCCGACCAGUUCAGGGUUCUGAAGCAGACGCAGCAGUACUGUGCUGACCGCCACCUGGCGUUUCCCCGGAUAGACUUCAAUAAGGUGGCGUCGGAGCCUGAGAGGGAGGUGUACGUGUUUGAAGAUGAAGACAAUCCUGAAGCUCCCAUCAUUAUUCACUUCCCGCUGAGAAAUGUGUCCUUCAAGCAGUACAAAGCUCCUGGUGUGAAAAGGCAGGGUGAAAAGGAGCUAAAGGAAGGAGAUGUUAAUGUUACCACUAGCUCCUCUCCAUAUACCACCCAAAACUUGACCUACGCUCCGAAAGACUUCCAGAGACUGAUCGACCUCACCUCCUACAACAUCGUCAACAACAGAGACACCAUCACACGGGUUCUGCAGAGAGUCCUGCACAGGACAGCACCUGAGGUGCAGCCGACCAUCCCUACCCUCUCGGCCAGCCCAAUCAACCCCACCAACCAAAACAACCCAACCACUCCAAACAACCAAUCCGGUCCAACCAACCCAACCAACCCAGCCACCCCGGCCAGCUCAGUCUGGUCCCGGGUAGUAGCUGGCGCCAAGUCCCUGUUUUAAAAUGACAAAUAACUGUACAACAAAGGCUUAUAAUACUAGAAUAUAUAGAAUAUAUAUCUUUUACAUUACAUUUACAAGUUCCUUAAAAUUGAAUCUGAAGCCUAGCCUCUGUCACCUCUGUCUCCCCAGGUGUUCCUUGUCUGUUACAGUGUGAAUAUAGAGCCGCUCUGUUUCAGUGUUUCUUUGUCUGGUAUGGAUUGUACUGUGUCACUAGUGAUGGGAAAAAGUGAUGCUUUUGGGAGAUUGAAUCAGAUGAACCAAUAGAUUGAUUCAGAAAAAGAUUUGAUUUGUAAGACGUUUAAAUCAUCAUUCACCACACCACAGUGACAUCUAGUGGGAAAUUAGCCUUUUUACCUGUUUGUUUUCAAGCUCAAUAUGAUCCCAAACCGCAGAUCCAGGUCUUUUCCCAGAUCCUUCCAUUUUACAAAUGCUAAUGGUUUGACAAAUAAUAAGCAAUAAAUGAUAAAGCAAUGCAA